AUGUCUAAAGAAGAGAAAAUUAUUUUGAAUGUUGGUGGUGUUAAGUAUGAAACGUAUAAAAGCACCUUAACAGCGUAUCCUGACACUUUGCUCGGAACUAUGUUUCAAGAGCGUAAUUCGUCGAUGACACAUCCAACGAACAGCAAUGAAUAUUUUUUCGAUAGAAAUAGUAGAGCGUUUCAUUAUAUUAUGGAAUUUUAUCGCACCGGAAAAUUUCUUUGGAAAGAUAUCGAAGGAAAUCCAAUGGAUGUUAUGAUUACACGUGAUGAAAUUCAAGAGGAAUUCGACUUUUUUCAAAUUGACAUUCUUAAAAGUCAACGAGAUGAAUUUCUUAAAAGCAGUCAACGUGACGAAGACAACGCCUAUGAGAAUCUCGCUCGACAACUAGACCACUUACUUGAGAAAAUAAUUGAAUUCAUAAUUUGGAAUAUUGAACGUGGCUAUUCGGACCUUUUGAAGUUUAUCUUUUACUCCGAUAAAUUGCCAUAUGUUUUUCCCGGAGAAUUUGAUUUUAAAUCAUUCGAACAAAUUGGCUUUCGUUUGGUUGAUAUUUAUACAUUUGAAAUCCAAAAGUUUCUCACGUUUCGGUUUCCUAAUAUUAGAAUAGCGAUUUAUAAGAGACGUUUAGGACCAUCAGAAAAUUGGACCAUUGAGAUUAUGCAAUACUUCAAAACUAAAGAAACUAUUCAAAGAUCAGUGUUACUAUCAACAAUUCAUGAAUAA